UUUUAAAAAGUUAAUUCGUACUACUGCUUUGCCAAGUUUCCCAUUUACAGACCACCCUUAAAACCCCAAAAUUCUUUACCAUUAUCAACACACAUACACACAGAGCACCUCCACCUCCAUCUCCGUCUCCACCUCCACCUCCAACAGUGACUUGUUGUUGUUGUUGGAAGAAGAAAUUUAUGGCUGAAAGAGAAGAAGGGAUCGAAAUCGAGUACGAGGAAAAACGAAGCACAUCCUUAAAAAAGAAGUGCAGCAAAUUGGCGAAGAAGCAAAGAGCCAAAUUCUACAUUCUCCGUCGUUGCAUUGCCAUGCUUGUCUGCUGGAAUGAGAAAAAUGAGCCUUCAUCUUGAUUGACUCUUCACUCAAAUCCAUUCUAGGAGUACUACUUUUUUUGGUGUAAGGGCUACGCUUCAUAUAUUUAUUUAAUUAUAUUAAUUUGCGAGUAAUUCAUUAUAGAUAGUUCCUCUUUUUAUAAAAAAGAUUCCAUUGGCCUUUGUUUUUCAA